CCCGUACUAUUAAAAAAUCGAAAUGCUCCCUUCCGUCGCGACCAAGCAUCAUGGGGAACACUUGGCAGACGUGUCGAUACUAGUGGGUGUGUGUGAGUGCGCGCAUAGGCGGUAAAGUGCGUAUGAAAGACGCUGGAGAGAUUUAUCAAAAACAAGUGACAACAUGAGACGCAACUCUAUAACUUUGCUGAAAUACCUUGUUGGAGGGGCAGUACUGCUGAUUUUGGGACCUUUCAUCUUCAAGCAGAUCCUUGGAAAUCGUAAAAAUGGAGUAGAACACUUUGUGAAGGCCGAUAAGGACUCUCUGAAGGGAGAUAAUGAAAAUCUGGUGGAAGCAGUGGUAGCAAGAGAUAAUGACAAUAAAGAUUUGGAUAAAAUAGACUUUCAUGACUACAAAGCUAUAGAAAUGGAGAAACUCAGACAAGGCCCAGGUGAACAGGGAGGUGCAUACAUCUUGUCACCAGAGGAAGAGAAGAAGAAAGAUGAAUUAUACAGAGUGAAUGGAUUUAAUGCCUUUGCUAGUGACAAGAUUUCACUGAUGAGAUCACUGAGUGACAUCAGACAUCAAGAUUGCAAGAAAAAGAAAUAUUUGAAAGAUCUACCUUCUGCCAGCAUUAUCAUACCUUUCCACAAUGAGCAUCUGUCCACUUUGCUUCGCUCAGUUCACAGUGUGCUAAAUCGAGCGCCUAAGCACUUGGUGCAUGAAGUCAUUUUGGCAGAUGAUUUCAGCAGCAAAGAUAUUGACAAAAAACCACUAGAUGAUUAUAUCAAAGAGCACUUUACGAAUGUCAAGGUCGUGCGUGCGCCUAAGAGGGAGGGGCUUAUCAGAACUCGCCUCUUGGGUGCCAGAGAAGCCACAGGAGAUGUUUUGAUUUUUCUGGACUCUCAUAUUGAGGCAAACAUUAAUUAUCUACCACCAUUACUAGAACCCAUUGCUGUUGACUACAAAACUGUGGUAUGUCCUUUCAUUGAUGUCAUUGACUUUGAAACAUUUGCAUACCGAGCACAGGACGAAGGUGCAAGAGGUGCAUUUGAUUGGGAGUUUUUUUACAAGCGAUUACCCCUCUUGGAGGAGGCUAAAAAGCAUCCAGCUGAGCCAUUUGCGAGCCCAGUUAUGGCUGGAGGCUUAUUUGCUAUUAGCCGGAAGUGGUUUUGGGAGCUUGGUGGCUAUGAUCCAGGCCUAGACAUCUGGGGCGGUGAACAAUAUGAGCUGUCCUUCAAGAUCUGGCAGUGCGGAGGCCAGAUGGUAGAUGCACCAUGCUCAAGAAUUGGCCACAUUUACAGAAAGUUUGCUCCUUUUCCCAAUCCAGGUGUAGGAGAUUUUGUUGGGAGGAACUAUCGUCGUGUCGCAGAAGUCUGGAUGGAUGAAUAUGCAGAAUACUUGUACAAGAAGCGUCCGCAUUACCGCAGCAUUGAUCCUGGAGAUCUAACAGAGCAGAAAGCGAUACGGACAAAACUGAGCUGCAAACCAUUUAAGUGGUUUAUGACAGAAGUUGCAUUUGACUUGCCCAAGUACUACCCACCUGUGGAACCUGAACCUUUGGCUGACGGAGAGCUGCGGAACAAAGCCAGUGACCUGUGUGUGGAUACUCGGUUCAAGGGUGCAAACGAACGAUUUGAACUGCAGAAAUGUGUUAAAGAUGGUGGAGGUGCAGGUGGUGAACAGCAAUUUGAAUUUUCCUGGCACAAAGACAUUCGACCCAAGAAACGUACCCUUUGUUUUGAUGCAUCUCAAUCUGUACCCAAAACCCCAGUUAUUUUGUUCAGCUGUCAUGGGAUGCAGGGUAAUCAGCGAUUCAAGUAUAAUCUGGACACAUACCAGCUGUUUCAUCCAGUAAGUGGCCAGUGCUUGGACUGUGAUGCUGACAGCCAUGAAAUUUUUAUGUUUCCCUGCAAAAGUGACCGCUUGACCCAGGUGUGGAUCUUUGAGCACAUCAACACGACUGCUGUGCGAGCAGAUUACUUGUUACCACUUGAUUGAUGAAACUAUUAUGAAACCAUAAAGGGCGGCGAAGGUCAAGCAUCUUUCUUGCUGAUUUUCUCCCUUUAUUUGUUUAUAGUCUUACUAUGCAAAUAUGGACAGAUAGUAAAGGUUGUUUUUUUUUUCUUUUUUUUUUGUUUUUUGUUAAACCAUUCAUGUGUGUUUUGACAUGAAUGGCUUCACUGGUAUUCUUUUAUAUCAGGGUGCUUUUUACGAUAUGAUAUGUGGGCAUAUUUAAAAGGGAAAUGCUGCUGUUAAUGAUGCCUUUAGGUCUGAUUGCUUGUGAUGAACUUUUUAAACAAAUCUGUGUGUUUGUGCGUGCAUACUUGUGUGUAUACAUGUGUGUGCGAGAGAGAGAGAGUUGGUGAGGGAGAUACCAUUUCUUAUAAAUUGGCCUUUUUGAUGAUAUGGUCUGUGUUUUUUGUUUCAAACACUAAUCUGCAAUUGUUGUAUGUGUGUCGCAUGCACACUGCAGUGUCAUGAGCACUUUGUUUUUGAGUGUUAAUGUGUGCACAUCUAUGUGCAUGGUUGUUUGCAUUUGUAAACAUCAUUUGCAGAAAUGAAAGAGUCAAGCUUUGGGAUUUUGUAGUUUUGAUACCUAUAUAUGUAGCUAGUCAACAUUCAAUUGUUCACACAAUUUUUAAAUUUUUUCUAUAGAUAUUUGGAAUGUUUUAAGUGAUUUAUUAUCACAUCUGAUAACUAUGGGGAAGGAGAAAUCCAGUCAGUGUAGUUGGAUAUAAUGUUUGUAUUUUGUCAGUUGAUGUAAGAAAAAUAUUACAACCAUUUUACAACUGUUUCAUUGAAUGCAUGAAAGAUUAUUUGAAACUUCUACUUUACAGCUUUUUCUGGUGUGUUUUUAGAUGACAUAUUUGCUGAAUUCUGUUUUAUUAUUUUGAAUAUUUUAAAAUAUUUUUUUUAAACUUACUUGCCUUUUGUUAAAGCAUGUCUACUUAGUGGCUUAAUGUCAUUAAUGCAAGAAGUUUUUGGUAUCUUCCCUUGAAGAGUAUAUAUACCUCCAGGCUCACUGUCAUUGGUGUCACAGUUUCUUGACCUCUUCCCAAACUCCCUAAUUGGCGUGUUUGCUAUGCCUCAUAACUUUAAUUAGUUGUUGGUUAAUGACUGAAAGAGGAAAUCUUUGUAAAUGUAGAUGCUAUUGACAGUUGCAAACUGAGUGUAAAAAAAAAAUGGACCUAUUAUCCUAAAGACCCUUCUUAACUGUUAUUGAAUGUUUCACCAAGUUUUGCAGAGAUGUCUAUGAUCACAGGAAACUGAGUGUAGAUUUGGGAACUUUGGUCAACAUGUUAAGUCCAAGAUUGUUUGCUAAUACAUUUGCCAGCAUAAUGGAACUUUGAGGCACUUCAAUUUCGACUCUUUGCCCAGUGCAGUCUUAGGACAAUUGGGUUGGUUAAAGACCUACCUGAUUCAUCCAAGUUACAGAUUAUGAUAAGUAAAUAAUAUAAAUAUAUUCUGUAAAUUUCAGCGCCUGAAAUACAGCAGUUUAUUAUCUAAUUUCAAAGUUUUGCAGCUAUAGUCAGUCGUUUUUGUGUGAAUCGUUACCACUGUGACUGAUUUGCAGAUUAGUAUGGACAUAGCUGCUCAUAUACCAAGAAAAAGACAUACUUUCGCCCACACAAAUUUAAAACAAAAAUGGAGGAACAGAGGUAUAUUUUGGGGAAUGCUGUUUUAGAUAUUUUUUUAUCAUUUACUGUGUGUGAAUGUUACCAGCAACAUAUUGUGUCACCAUGGCUUGAAAGGUUGAAUUUGAAGUACAUUUAUGAAGAUAAGGUUUUUAUGCAGCUGCUCGAUAUUGUUAGACAAGAAACUCCAUUCGUCUGUAUAAUAGGCAUGGACCUUGGAAGAAGAGUACUUUAUGGUACCUCCUGGGUAACAUUCAGGAGCUAAGUGGCGUUUGCAUACAACAGAGUACUGCGUAGGUGCUGUGAAGUCAGCUCUACACGAAUGAAGCUGAUCCAUUGUCUUCUCAACAAUUAAUCCUUUGGGAAUGUAUGCACACUAAUUUGGUCAUGAUGUUUUCCUGGGCAUUCUACAACAACACAAUAGUCUUCAUAUCUAUGCUUAGGCCUUCAUAGUUCAGUAUUUUCUGGGCAAUUUGUAUCAGCCAUACUGUGGUCAGCCAUGAUUCCACCAGUUCUGAUAUCACACACGAUUUCGGUCCGAAUUGAGAUUUGAACAGGCAAGAAAAUUGUUUUUAUUUAAUUUCUUGAGGUUUGUGUUUUUCUUGUGAUUUCAUGUUUGAUGCAUUAAUAAGUGAUAUGAAAAUAGGAGUUUUUGAGUGUGAUAGGUGUCACCAAUCAGGUAGGUCUUUAAUUAGUCCAACUGCUAUAUGUCUGUGAAGAGCAGACCUUCUUGUAUGUUUUGUGUGUUUAUUUAUCCAAGACAUCUUGUAGUAACAGUAGUAUUAAUAAUAAUUUAUGAUACACCUCUUUAUGCAGCAGUUCAUGGUACAUACCCCACAAAACCACACACACAUAUCAUUAUAGACAUUCAAAUAAAUUAAUUACAUCCAAAUGCCAUACAUCUAUAUCCACUAUAUAGUCCCAAUUAGAGCGUCUUUCUCAGAGACCUCAUGAAUCAUUGUGCUGAAUUUGAGCAAAUACCUUGAUUAGCUUCUUGCUAUAGCUAGAGCUGACCACAAGUGCUGCAUUCUGCUAUGUCCAUAUUCAAAAUAACCAUGAUUUUCUAGGGGUAAUUUGGUAGGAGAGGUGUUUGUGAGGUUGGAGGAACUGCUAAUCGCAAAGUUGGAAAUACCAAAACUGGACUAACAACAGAAGGCUGACAAGUCUGGCACUGACAUCCCUAUACCAGCAGAAAUUGUGCAUCUUUCAUUGUUCUGUGCACUAGUUCUGACUGUAAAAACUUUUAGCUUGUGGCUUUUGGUGAAUUUUUUUUUUUUUUUUUUUGUGACUUUUUAAGAGCUAGGGUUAGUUCAUAUUACUUACUUCUCCAGACAGUGGAAAAUAGCUGUUGCCAAAUUGUUCAGGUUUGAUUUUUUUUUAAUUAUUGUUAUUGGGACUAAAUGACUAUUGUCUGUUAUAGAUGACAAAGUUGCUCAGAAUGUCUGUUCAGAGUGUUUCCUCUAACAUGAUGGAUUCCAUGCAUUUCUGCUCAAGAGUUCUGUUGCUGUUGACUGACAAGUGCUUUUCUUGAAGCAUGAAUAAUUCUGUUUGAAGAUGUGAUUUAUUUCCUUACCAAUAUUACCAUUUAUUUGAAAGGCAAGAGUCAUGUGCUGGCAUUAGUUAACUCCUUUGGCAUCUGCCUGUUGUAUAUUUAUCCAAUUUGCAUCUGUGAUAUUCCAGCCACUGUUGUUAAAAUUUGUUCUGAGAAGAUGGUGACUUUAAAAUUUAAUUAACUGAUCCAACUUUCAUGUAGAAUAAAAGGCGAAUAAUAUAAAAAGUUUCAUUGAUAGAUUUUCCCCCUAUAAAUUUCCUUUCUUCCUGAAGGGUUUAUGUUUGUGGAUGUAAGUGCGUAAGUUUCUUUUACAGGGAAUCUAUUUGCAGUAUUUAGAAAUUGUUUCAUGAUCAAGGAUAGUUGUUAAUGCAGGAACAAUAAAUCACACCAUGUGCUUCCAGAAAUACUAAAUAAGUCUUUUUGGAAGAUAUUUGUCUCUCACCAUGAAAGUGUCAUGUUGAUACUUUAAUUGUCAUUAAACUGCACUUAAAGGCAAGAAAACAACAAUGCAGAGUUAAGAAGUGCUUACAGAUUCUAAGAUUAUAGCUGUGUCAAUUUAGGCUAGUUUUUUUCUUUUUUGUUGCUGGAAUGAGGUUGAGAAGGAUUAGCUGUUGAGUAGCUAGAGAAGUACAUUUAGAAAAGUUUCUGGGUUGGAGACUAUUUACUAUGAUUUGCAUAUAUCACCUAUCAGAAAACAUUCUCUUCUAUAGCACUACUUUUAAAUUGAGUUUCUUUUUGAUUUGGUUUUGUUUGUGUUAUUUGUUCUCCUGCCUUAAGAGCAGUGUUGUUGUACUUUUUGAAAAAAGGGUGCAGGAAUCCUAGCCCUUGUCUUGCACAACCACAAUGUCAAAUAGCUUAUAAUUGUCUGUGAGGUGGAUGUUAUGCAUGCAUUUUUGUGUGUGUAAGUGUGCAUGCAUGCAGAACACAGACAUGAAAAAUUUGCCAUUUAGUCUGCUUUUAUUUGUUAAUAUUGAAAUUUUUUCUGUAAACUUACAAAUUUUCUUGCAUUCUCUUAACUUUUGUUAACUGUCUGUUUAGGAACUUACUGAACUUUUUAUUGUACUACAGAGAAUGCCAUUGGUUUAAUUCUGCAGAAAUGCUUUGGUUACAAAUGUUUUAAAAUUCAAAUGUUCAGUUUUGCUGCCCAUAUUUAAAAGCAGAGCCAGAUAAUCUUUUUCUCCACUUUUUACACUUACUAGGGGACUGCGGAAGUCUCAUAUGACAUGUAAUAAUGUGUACUUUACUAGUUCAUUUUGUUGCAGCCCUAUGCUCCUUGAGGAGUAACAAGGAAUAAACUACUAGUUCAUUAUAUAUAGAAAAGCCUGUCCAUGUAUGUGUUGUGAGUGAAUAUAUCUUGCUGAAUUUUAUCACAAUACUAUUAGUGAGUGAGUGUGGCUUUCUAUUUACCAUAUUUUCUUUGAGGUGAAUUUUUUACUAUUGCCAUUCAGUAGCAUGGUGUGAAAAUAACUUUGAAAACUCAAUGUAAAUGAGGAGCAGCGAAGGUCACAGGUAUGAGAAGGGAGUCCUGCAGUUAUGUUUUACUGCAUACAUGCUGUUUGUACAGAUCUGAUUGCCUUUAGUCUUGUAUCUAUGCAGAUUCUUAAUUGACUAGAAAAUUCUUAUUUGACUACUUACUGCUACAUUUCUAUAUUAAGCUAGAAUAUGUAACAGCAGAGGACAUAUAAAUAAGAACUCCCCUAACCUAUCCCUCCCCUUUCAGUUGUUUUGGGGGGUGGGGGAGAGGAGUGGUGGGCAUGGCUAAUUUCUUAAAAAGUUUGCCAUUUUUUAUUUGCUAAGGUCAAUUUUUUUCCUUUUUCUUUUAUACUGUUAGGGCAAUAACUCAUCCAUUUGUGCUAGUUAUUUGAUGUGUAAUUUGAGGCAUAUUAUACACACCUGUAGAAAUAGUGUGCAUACUGCUUCAUUUCAGGAAAAAAACUGUCCCAAAAAGUGCUUCUUAAGAAGAAAUGUACUCUGGUUAGCACACUUUUGCCGCUGUGUUGAAGGAAUAGCAUUCACAUCUGUUAUCAGACACAGGACUUUUUUAAGAGUUCAGAGAUCUAUAAAUUUCACCUGUAUGGUAUACGUUGCUUUUUUUGUAUGUCAGUUGCAUUCGUAUGUCAAAGAUGGUCUCAGUCUGUUGGUGCACUUGCUGCCUUAGGAAGCACAAAACUACACAAGAUCUGUCUUACACCUUGCUGCCUUGGUUUAGUAUUAGAAAAUUCUGUUCAGCUCAUGGAUUAGUCUGGCUAAUUCUGUGAUCAGCUUUUCUGUUGGUGUUGCUGUUUAUAUUAUAAUCUUACGAUCACAAUGGUAGUUACCAUCUAUACAAAGGCAGCUGAAGCAGUUUUUGGCAGCUGCAGAGUGAGCCAUUUAAAUUUCAUGUCACCUUAGAUUAUAGAGGUCUUUCUUCCUGCAGAAUACUAUGAUUGAAUAUGUUUACAAUGGUCCACACUAGGGGGAAAUCUGGGAUAUUAAAAAUAAGGAAACAAUAUUUAUGAUUGUUUGAAAGAGGCAUUUCUUACAGUAAGGGAGAUCAUUCUGUUGACACAAACACAUAUAUACACAAGCAUAAAAUUUUGAUUGACUUGGUAAGUUUUACUGUGAAUUUUUUAGCAUUAAAAUGCAGAAAUCUAAAUGUGAAAAAUAUAUGAGUACGUUAUUUUUGUUAAAUUCAAACAGUAUAAACAUGCCAGCUCACAGCAUUAAUCCACUGCAAUAAGAGGAAAAACUGUUCAUGGUAGUUUCAUCCUUGUAGGGGUGCCCAGUAGUAUAGUGGUUAAAACUUGCUUGUGACCACCAUGGUGAGAAGCUCGGGGUUUAGAUCUCAUCUUUUAGUUAUUUGCAUCGGUUAAAAUUAGGUCUAGCGGAUAAUACUCGUGGCAAGUGUGAUGCAUUUAUAAACCGAGUAAUGCAACUGUUCCAAAACUCUGGCCAGUUAAACUUGAAUAAAUAUCACUGCCACCCUUUCACAACAGUAAUGGUGAUCUUCUGGGAUGGUGAUUGUUGCUAUGAGUUGACAACAAUCACAUGAUAUAAUUUUAAUAUCAAUUGUCAUCAGUUUUGAAGUUCAGAGUAAUACUUGCUAUCAUUUCUUUAAUAGACAUUGCCUGCCAUCUUCCUAAAGUGACAUCUUCAGGAGGAACUCCCCGCGCUCCUUGUCCCAGUGGAUAGGUGUUAGAAUGCAGUUUCAAAACAGCCAUUUAAAGAAUUGAUUGGAAUGUAGACUAACUUUAUAAAUGUAACGGACUUACCUAUGUGCUGUGCUUUGAUCUCUUGGAUUGCUUCUAAAUACAUCUGCUUUAUAAAUUGAUUUCAUAUGCGUAUUAUGUUACCUCCAUUGCUGUUACUAGCAGUUUGAGGUAUUUUUUGUUUUGGUGCCAAAUAUAAUAGCUAGUAAAUGAAAGGUAAUCAGGGAUGGCAGAUGGGUUUGCACAUUUGUAAGAAAUGCUGAAUAAUCAAACUGUAGAUUAAAAGUUGCAGUUUCAUCUUUUAAAAAAAUGAUUUAUUAACAUGAAAUCCUAAUGGAAGCAUAUUGGAAGUUAUAUUGAGGGCUAUAAAGUGUGGAUGUUGAACUGCUAUUCAUAGACAAAGAUUCGUUCUGUUUACAGGAGCAGAAUUCAGAAUUGUUUUAAAUCCGUACACUGCAAGUAUCCAUGGUACAUCAUCAUAGUGGAAAUAUGUGUUUAUUACUGUACUUAAAUGGACAUCUGUGUUUUGAUGCACGAAGUAUUAUGUUUUACAUUGUCUUUAUUGCUUCUGGUUUAUCUACUCUUUAGGUCUUCUGUGAGCAUUUUUUUUUUUUUUUGUUGAAUAGUUAUUCUUGUUAUAUCUUAUUUAAUCAAUGCAUUCCUUUACCUUGUUCACAGUCAUGCGUCACGUGGAAGAAUACUGAGCAGUUGCUUGUUUGUAUUUGCAGUUAUUAAAUCAUUUGUGCCUGCCUUUUUACCAAAUAUACCAAAUGAGCUUGCUCUUUUGUCCAAUCAUUGCACAACAUUGAGUAACAGUGAAAAGGCAUUGCAGAAAAUGAUUAUUUUAACUUGUUUCUCAUCAAGCAACUUUUUUUUAAAAAAAAAAAGACGUAGUACUGUGUACAGUUUCCUAUUUUAUGAUUGUUGUUAAUUUUGUUUUGCUUAGAUAACACUGUACAGGAAUGAGGGUGAAUUGAAGAAACAGAGUGUGCUUAUUACUCCAAGGGUAUAGGGUAAUAAAUGCAUAUUUUAACAGCGAAA